CACUGCCGCUUGGACCGUGUGACAAUGAACUUAUUCAACUCUGCUCUCGGAAAGAACAUCACCUUUGUGCAUCCUGAAUAUUUCAUGAUAAGUGGUUUAUCCGGCAUCCCAGAUAUCAAAUAUUACUAUGUCUUUCUCUUUUUUGUUUACAUUGUGUCAGUGAUAGGGAACACGGUUGUAAUGGCUGUGAUAUACUUCGAUCAUAACCUGAGAGCUCCAAAAUACAUUGCAGUUUUUAAUUUAGCGUUUGUGGACCUGUUUGGGAACACUGCUCUGGUGCCGAAGCUUCUGGACAUCUUUCUGUUUAACCAUCCGUACAUCCCCUACAACGACUGUUUGGCUUUCCUGUUUUUCUGCUACACCUGCCUCUCUAUGCAGUCGUUUAACCUGGUUGCGCUCUCCUAUGACAGAUUGGUUGCAAUUAUCUUCCCCCUGCACUACCCAGUGAAGGUGACACACAGGUUCAUGCUGUCUUUGAUUGCCUUUUUCUGGGCACUUGUUAUACUUGCUGUUCUCAUUGCCGUCGGUCUUAUUACAAGACUUUCAUUCUGUCAGUCUGUGGUCAUUAACAGCUACUUUUGUGACCACGGCCAGAUAUAUCGACUUGCAUGUAAUGACCAUUAUCCAAAUUAUGUCGUCAGCUGUUUCUACCCUGUUCUUAUUUUUUGGCUCCCGCUUGUUUUCAUCUUGAUAAGCUACCUCUAUAUCGGCUUUACUCUGGCAAAGGUGGCCUCAGUUCACGAAGGACUCAAGGCCUUUAAAACAUGCAUAGGUCACCUGUCUUUGGUGGCAAUCUACUUCAUCCCACUGUUAGUCACAUUUACCUUGAUGGAAAAAAUACAUCCGAAUGCCAGGAUCAUAAAUCUGUCUCUAACAUCUGUCUUUCCCCCGAUGUUGAACCCAAUCAUUUAUGUUCUGCAGACACAAGAAAUCAAAGAAUCAGUGAAACGGCUGCUGAAAAUCUGUAAUAAAUCCAAAAUAACCAAGAAUAAGAAAAUUUCUGCAAUGUGA